AUGGCCUUGGACGUUGCGAAACCUGUCGAUCCCGCUGGCGUUACGAUCGAGGCAUGGGCGCAGGGUUUCAUGGCGGGCUCCUUGAUAGUCAUGACCUGUAUCGCCAUUGCGAAUAUGCGCAGACAUGUUCUACYGCACAAGUUGAUCGUGGUUGAGCUUCUUUUAGGGUUCUUCCACGGGACGUUUAUCUUUACCAAUCCUCCCGUCUACAACUGGUACCUAUCCACGACGGCGAUCUUGCUCAAUGCUAGCUGGAGCCUUCAUAAUGUCAUCGCUUGGAUCAAGAACAAGCCAUUCUUCGGACGGAAAGCCAGCUUGUUCUACAUCGGCACUGUUAUCCUCGUCCAACCAUAUUGGAUUCUCGAAAUCGUCGCCAACUUCCUUUACUUCAAUGGCCAGAGCAGACUAUUCACUUAUACUCGACCAUAUGAAGCACUCUUCCGGGACCCGUGGUGGAUUUACACAUCUGCAAGUCUGCUGUGGAACAUUAAGUCACGGUAUGAAUUCGGAUACCUGGAGCUUAUGAGAGUAUCUCCACGAUUUGGAGUUCUUCUUGGUGCCAUGAUGGUCAGCGUUGGAUUUAUAAUAGUCGACAUCCUGGCUGUUACGCAUGUCCUGCCCGAGAAUAACCUGCCGGAUGGCAUCAACCCGUUUUGGAAGUUGUCGUUUGUGUUCAAGUGUCUUUCCGAUACUAUGGUACUAGACGACUUCAAGACCGCCCUGGACCGCCUCAAGGAGUAUAAGAUGGCAAGGAUGGGUUCCGUUCUGAGCGAUGGUGUAAGAGGAGAUUUCCAAGACGUGGAACAAGCUCGGCACAAGAGAGCAGAGCGGCAGCAACCACCUGCAGUUGACUCGGUCUUCGUGAGGGACUGGUCGAAGCCUGGUUAUGAAGACUCCAUGGACCUGGAGUCUGCUCUACGGAUUGAGCGAUCGCGAGAGGAAUCCUCUGGUUCAAGUGGGCCUGGUUAG